UUGACUUCCUGUAGUCGUACUGAUAAAUCAUCGCUCCUUGUAUAAAUUACUUUCACUUGAUUUAUCAGGGGUAGUAUAGAAGUAUAACAACAUUUGAAUGACACGUCAAGCUGAUAGAAUCUUUAAUUUAAACUGUUAUUUAAUGGGAAAAAAGUCUAAAAGUGAUUAAUUAUCGGUCAAAGACAAUGUAUAAUAGUAUGCUCAAUGUGUACAUAACAGUAUUAUUCAUACCAGGAAUUUAUCCUCAAUCUCAGUCUAUUCUUAAAUUCAAAUUUACGGAAGGAAGACAAAUGGAUCGACAUGUAGUUUUAAGGAACACUGUUCCAUCUAUGUAUCAGUGUGCUCAAAUUUGCCUUAGUUUUAAAAAAUGCAAAUCUUUUAGUUUUGGUCGUGUCGACAAAAAAUGUCUCAUUUCAAAUAUGGAAUGGACAAUCAAUAAUUUACAUUUCAAAAAUGGUUAUGUGUUUGCAUUGAAGGAUGACAUCCCAACUAAAUUAGGAGGAAACUGUGGUGGCUCUCACGGCUGCCAGGACGAGGAAAUCUGCUUGAGGGAAAGCGAGUACGACAGUAGUUGCGUUCCAUACUACCAGUGUUUGAACGGUGAUCCCUCUAUAACGUACUGUCGGCAUUGGUCUUCAAGAGGAGGUUGUGAUAAGAACAACAUUGAUACGUAUGUAGGAAGUGCAUGGUGGGAGCAUGGAUCAUGGCUAUAUAUGGCAUAUCACUGUAAACGGGAGUGUAGAUUCUGCUUAGAACGUUUCUAAAAUUCAGGUCCAGAGUCGGGUUAUAUUAGUUUAAAAAAACUACCUGAUUCCGGGGAUUACAUUUUUAAUUUGAAAGACCAUUUAUUGGAUUAAGCUGUUGAAACAAAAGUUGAAGAUAUCGUCAUUUUAGGGCACUUUGUUGAAGACUCCCUGAAACCUAGUAAUGUCCGACUGAAAAUAUUAUCAGAAGAUACGUCUCAGUAUAUCGACGAACCUACCAAUCUACGGAUAACUCUUGUUUAGAAUAAGUGUUUGCUUUGUUAGAAAUGUUAUAGAUCUUGUUUGUCAAAACAAUUGUAUCUUAAAAUCUUAAUUCAA